CGAGAGAUGGCGUAAGAAUGUGUGGGAAGCAUGCCAUAUGCCUUGAUUUGAGAAAUUUGUUUUUGGUUUCACAUUGGCAUAGUUUCACAAGGGAAGCAUGACACCCAAAACAAAUAAAUUAAAGCUCCCAUAAAAUUCAUUUAUUCGCCAUCUCAAUCUCCCACCCAUCCCUUCCUUUUCUUUGUUGAAAUUGAGAUUCAGAGAUGAUGGAUCCAGAUUACAUGGAGAGCACAGAUUCAUCAUCAAACACAUCGGCUCAUCUGCAGCUGCCGCCGGGGUUCCGCUUUCACCCCACCGACGAGGAACUAGUGGUUCAUUAUCUCAAAAGGAAGCUUUCCUCUUCUCCUCUUCCAGCCCCCAUCAUCGCCGAACUCGAUUUGUACAAGUUCGAUCCAUGGGACCUCCCAAGUAAGGCGGUGUUUGGGAAGAACGAAUGGUAUUUUUUUACUCCGAGAGAGAGGAAAUACCCAAACGGGGCGAGGCCAAAUAGAGCGGCGAUUUCUGGGUAUUGGAAAGCGACUGGAACUGACAAGCCUAUUAUGACAUCUAAUGGAACUCAAAAAGUUGGCGUUAAGAAAGCUCUCGUGUUUUACGGUGGAAGGCCUCCUAAAGGUAUCAAAACCAAUUGGAUCAUGCACGAGUAUAGGCUCCUCCAUGCUGCUAAUACCAAUCUCAAGCCCCUCGAUGCCUACCCCACCAAUCGGAAGCCCUCUCUCAAGCUUGAUGAUUGGGUUUUGUGCCGAAUUUACAUGAAAAACGCUGCACAAGCAUCGACCAUCAUAGAGCGCGAAAUGGAGGAGUUAUCGAGGGCGGCAGCCGCGGCGGCGGCGAGGCUACCGAAGCUGGUGGUUGGAGGUGGACAAAAGGGUGGCAGAAACUGCUACUUGGAUGUGGUGGCGUUAUCAAGCGAAGGUGACGAGAUAAUUAAUCAUCAAACCAAUUCGAAUAUCUCGGAGUUACCUUCUUCAAGCUGCAGCUCCAAACGUGGCCUUACAUGUCAGCUUUGGAGCGGCGGCGCAACUGCAUCCAACGACGGCGGAAAGCCACUCCGGCUUGAUCUCAUGAAUAGCUACAGUGGUGGGGUGACUCCCGUAACCGAAGAAAAUACGGUCUCUUACGUGUCUCUUCUCAACCAGCUGUCAGUACAAAACGCAGCGUUUCAAACUAGGGAGCCAUUUAUUGGCUCCUUGAGCGACGGCGUUUUGAGGCAACAGUUUCAACUUCCUUCUAACAUCAACUGGAACUCUUAAUUAAUUUCAGGUAUUAUUGUAAAAUAAAUAAAUAAAUAAUUAUAUGAAAAUUUUAAAUUAGUAAUUUAGUGGAUAAAAUGUAGGAAAAUAAAAUAAAUAAAUACUCAAUUAGUGCAGGGAAUAUAAGUUGAUGUAGUAUUAAUAUUAUAGACUUUGUGAGAGUAUUAUAUGUUAUAAUUAGUGAAAUUAAAUUAAUUAAUGAAGCAUUAAAGGGAUUAUUUGUAUUUUAUCAGCU